GGGACGCUGGUGAUGGCACGCAGCACGACGACGGUGACAGCAAAGCAUAAAUAGAGGCAUCAUGUCCUACAUUUUGUUUCGCGCUGUGACUCAACCACCUUCACCUGACUCUCCUUCACCAUCCUCCCUUUGCCACUGUCACUCGCCCCUUUGACAAUGUAUCUCAAGGCAACUCUUCUCACGGCGGGCCUUCUACCCUUAGCCAACGCCCUGCCCAAGCCUCAGUUAACCUACGAUGAGAACACCGGCCCAGUUGGCGGCGUGGAUCCCCCUUUCCCAACCUUCACCGCUGCCGCAGGCGACUUGCGUGGAUCGACAGAUCUACAGGGUGGCAUCGCCUCGCGCCCACCAACCUCUGGGGGAGACUCGGCAGUAGUACCGAACCCGGAGCUCGUGAAUGGCCAAGAGGCCGACUCAGAUCUUGGGCUGUACCUCGACUUCAACAGCGCCAAGGCCCCCAACGGACCGCAACCUAUCCGCGGCGGUGAGGGUGGCACUGACCCGGGUCCGCGUACGUUUGAGUACGAGAAGCUGAACCCCGAUCUUUUUGCGCCUCCGGGAACCGACUCUGGCGAUGUGCCCAACGCAAUGUGGCCGCUUGGCCUCAGUCACAACCGCGCGGGAAUUGGCAAGGAGUCCGGCUGGGCAAGGCAGCAAAACUCCGGUGUGUUACCUAUAGCCACGGAAAUGGCCGGUGUUGACAUGAGAUUGGCGCCUCAUGCCUACCGAGAGCUACAUUGGCAUACCUCUGCUGAAUGGGCCCUAGUUCUAAAGGGAAGUGUUCGUGUCGCGGCUAUGAACGAAGAUGGAGCGUCUUUCAUAGAUGAUGUUACAGCCGGCGACGUCUGGUUCUUCCCUCCAGGUGUCCCCCACAGUCUACAGGGCCUUGACGAAGGCUGCGAGUUCCUCUUGGUCUUUGACGACGGUAACUUCUCAGAGGAAGACACGUUCCUUGCCACUGAGAUGAUGCUACGCUCACCUAAGGAGGUCUGGGCCAAGAACCUAGACAUUGAUGUCAAGGAUCUCGACAACAUACCCCAGGAUCAGAAAUAUAUCUUCAAUGGAACACCAGCACCUGCUGAUAUCGAGAAGCAAAACAUUACAGGCUCCGCGGGUUCGCUUACUGGAUCUACUGCUUACACUUACCAUUGGUCACAGCAGGAGUUCCACAACACAACUGGAGGCAGUGUCAAGAUCUUGGAUCCUGUUACCUUCCCCAUUGCCGACAUGUUCUCCGCUGCCUUGGUUGUUCUAGAGCCUGGCGCUAUGCGAGAGGUCCAUUGGCACACCACUUCAGACGAAUGGUCGUACUUUCUCCAAGGAUCGGCCCGCAUCACUGUCUUCGCAGCCCCCGCAUCUUCUCGUACUUUCGACUUCACCGCCGGCGAUGUAGGAUAUAUUCCUCAGGCACAAGGACACUACGUUGAGAACACCGGAACCGAGGACGUUAUCUUCCUCGAGGUUUUGCAAGCCAAAAAGUUCGGCGAUAUCAGCGCCUCACAGUGGUUAGCCCUUACACCUCGCCAAGUUGUUAAGGAUACGCUGGGCUUCAGUGACGAGAUCCUUGACAAACUACCUAAGGACAAGACUCUCAUCAAGCCCGGCAAUGCGAACUUGACGGCUCUUGCUGGCGAGUCUUAAUGGCCG